AUGCGGCACGGCGCGCGGUCGUCGGGCACGUUCUCGGCGUCAUGGAACUUGUGGAUCAUGGUCACCAUCGCCGUCGUCCUCGUUUUCUUCGGCGCAUGGGCCAUCUUUUCCCCUUCUAACAGCGCAGCCGUGGAGGCAUUGGCGGAGGAGGAGGUGGAGGACGUGGUGGGCGAGUCGGAGCAGCGGCUGGAAGCUGAUGUGAAAGUCGCCGAGGCGAUCCAGAGGGCGAAAAACCGAGCCAAGGCCAAGACCCACCUCUUUCCACCCCUCUCAACAUCCCUUCCUUGUCAGGAUGUGGCUGUAGAGGCCGAGACGAGCAGCGGGCUGGCAGAAGAGACGGGCGCUGAAGGCGCAGGGGAGGAGGACGAACAGGGGGUUGAAGUGGCAGGAGGCGAGGAGGGCGGGAGUGAGGAAGGGGGAGGGGAGGAGGGAGGAGGUGAAGUUGGGGGAGGGAAGGAAGCGGGGAAGGGUGGGGAGGAGGAGGAGGGAGGCGGAGAAGAGGAGGAGGAAGGAGGUGGUGGAGGAGGCGGGAAGAAGGCGGCUGUGAGGGAGGAGGAAGGGGAGGCAGAAAGCGAGGAGGAAGGAGAGGAAGGAGGGAGUGUGGCGCAGAGGAGCAAGGGUGGAAAGGGAGAGGAGGCAGCAGGCGAGGAGGAAGAAGAAGUAGAAGAAGGGAGAGGCGGGAAGGGAGUGCAGGGGAAGAAGGGAGGAGAGGAAGAGGAGGCUGAGACAGCAGGCGAGGAGGGAGGGGAGGGAGAAGGUGGUGCAGAGGAAGGGGGAGAGGACAAAGUUGGGAAGGCUGCUGGAAACUCCAAGGUGCGUCCUUAG